AUGUGCUUCCCGACCGGGAAUCGCUGCAACGGAUGCUGGACGCGGCCGUGUGGGCGCCCGAACCAUCGCCUCACCAACCCCUGGCGGUUUUUCGUGCUGGAAAAGGGCGGCGAGAAACGGGCCGAGGUGGCGCAAUUGGCUUACGACAACCUGUUCGGGCGGAGCGGCAACCACGAAAACGCCGACGGCAGCCGCCAGCGAGUCCUGGACGCGCCGGCGCUGGUCUACGUUUACAGCGUACCCGCCGACAGCGACGAAAUGACCCAGGAGAACUACGCCGCGGCGUGCUGUGCGGUGCAAAACCUGCUACUGGCUGGCGUGGCUGAGGGCCUGGCGGGCGACUGGAGCACGGGUAACACCACGAAACAUCCGCAGCUGGCGGAAACGCUGGGCGGGGAACCCGACUGGGCGAUGGUGGGGGCGCUGUUCAUCGGACAGCCGUCACGCCCGUCGGCCUCGGUGCGGGCGCCGGCGGACGAGGUUACGGCCUGGCUGUAG